GACGAGGUGCUCCUGAUCCAGGAGGCCAAGAGAGAGUGCCGGGGGUCGUGGUACCUGCCGGCGGGGAGGAUGGAGCCCGGGGAGACCAUCGUGGAGGCCCUGCAGCGGGAGGUGAAGGAGGAGGCGGGGCUGCAGUGCGAGCCCGAGACCCUGCUUGCCGUGGAGGAGCGAGGCCCCUCCUGGAUCCGUUUUGUGUUCCUGGCUCGUCCCACAGGUGGGACGCUGAAAACCUCACAGGAGGCUGAUGCGGAGUCCCUGCAGGCUGGCUGGUACCCACGCAGCUCCCUGGCCACUCCUCUGCGAGCCCAUGACAUCCUGCACCUGAUAGAGCUGGCCGCCCGGUACCGCCAGCAGGCCAGGCACCCUCCCGUUCUGCCCCAGGAGCUGCCCUGCAGUGUGGUGUGCCAGCGGCUCGUGGCCACCUUCACCGGUGCCCAGACGGUAUGGGUGCUGGUGGGCACGGUGGGGGCGCCUCACUUGCCCGUCACGGCCUGUGACUUCGCCCCUAUGGAGCAGAGGGGCGGCCUGAAGGUGGCCGUGCUGCGGCUGCUCCAGGAGUGCCUGACCCUGCACAGUUUGGCCGUGGAGACCAAGGGGCUGCUGGGGUUGCAGCACCUGGGCAAGGACCAUGCCGACGGCAUCUGCCUGAACGUGCUGCUGGCGGUGGCUUUUCGCAACCCGGGCAUCCAGGAGGAGCCCCCGAAGAUUCGGGGUGAGAACUACGCGUGGUGGAAGGUGGGGGAUGCAGGCCUGCAGGGCCAGCUCCUCCAGAGGUUGCUGGACGGUUCUGCUGUCCCACUGAACAGAUAGGUGCCCUCCCCGAGGGACGCGGAAGCCAGCAAUCUGGGCUCGUGCUGCAUCGGCAGCAGAGGCUGCUCUGGGUCUCGGGGCCUGCGGGGAGCAGGCCACCACACUGCAUCAGAAGGGACAGUGCCUUCACCAAGCAAAGGGUCGAGAGGUCCAGGGCCCUGCUGCCAAGGGCACACGACGCGUCUCCCCCCCGGGUGGGGGAGCGGGACACAGGAGCAUCCUGGAGUCUCGUUGUUCUGUGUGCACCCCCACGAAGGCCCCGCCCUGGCCUCUGCGGGCACUUGGGGCUCCCAGGGGACCAGGAGGGCAUCCCUUGCUGAGUAAACAGGUGUUGCCACCUGC